AUGCGUCACCCCAAUCGUGCGAUUCUUCGCGAACGUCAUAUCACCCCAACAAUCGAUGACCUCAUUCACGAUCUCAAUGGUGCGACCGUUUUUUCCAAACUCGAUUUAAACUCAGGUUAUCACCAGCUCGAACUCGCGCCCGAGAGUCGUUACAUCACUACGUUUUCAACGCAUAAAGGACUGCGAAGAUAUACACGCCUGAACUUUGGUACGUCUUCUGCUGCUGAGGUGUUCCAAAAUGCAAUUCAACAAGUUCUCAGCGGUAUUGACGGUGUACGAAACGUAAGCGACGACAUCAUAAUUUUUGGACGUGAUCAGGCGGCCCAUGACAAAGCACUUCAUGCUGUUUUCGAACGUUUGCGAUCGAAAAAUCUGACUUUGAAUAUUGACAAAUGCGAGUAUAACAAAUCCAGUAUUGAAUUUUUCGGUUACGUAUUUUCGGGCAAUGGUGUAUCCCCAGACCCCAAGAAAGUCUCUGCAAUUCGCAAUACCAGCCUCCCUACCAAUGCUCACGAAGUUCGUAGUUUUCUCGGCAUGACCAACUACUGUUCCCGCUUCAUUCCUAAUUAUUCCUCCAUCACCGACCCUCUCCGAGCACUCACCAAAUCUGAUCAACCCUGGACGUGGACCUCCCAGCACCAACAAGCUUUUGAUCAGCUCAAAGACCUUCUGACUAGUGACACUGUCCUUGCGUAUUUCAACCCUCACAAAGAAGCCACCAUCAUUGUCGAUGACAGCCCUGUUGGCCUUGGUGCUAUCUUUUGUCAAGACCAACGCAUCGUCGCCUAUGCAAGUCGUUCCCUUACCCCAGUUGAACAGCGGUAUUCCCAAACCGGACGUGAAGCCCUGGGUGUUCUUUUCGCUUGCCACCACUUUCAUCUUUACAUUUAUGGCACCAAAUUUUCCAUCAUCACUGACCACAAACCUUUGGAACGGAUUUUUUCCAAUCCCUCUGCUCCCAACGCCAGAUUAGAACGCUGGGCUCUCAAGCUUCAACCCUAUCACUUUACCAUUUCGUAUUCUCCUGGCAAGACCAACCCCGCCGAUUACCUGUCCCGUCAUCCUCUUGCCACAACACAUUCUUCCACUGCAUCGACACAAGCAGAAGAGUACAUUUCGUUCCUAGCCAAUUAUACCACUCCCAAAGCUAUGACCGUUGAUGAAGUUAAACAAUUUACCCGUAUUGACCCCACUCUGCAAUGCGUCAGCGAUGCCCUCCACAACAAUUCCUGGCACUCUGUUCUUUCCACACCAGACCCCCGUGUCAACCUCCACGAUCUCAAGGCUUUCCACCAAAUUCGUGACGAACUGACUGUGUCUACUGAUCAUGACCUCGUUCUUCGCUCUCACCGUCUCAUCCUCCCACAUGCCCUUCGUCAACGUGCUCUCCACAUCGCCCACGAAGGUCAUCAAGGUCUUACCAAAACCAAACAGCUGCUCCGCGAAAAGAUUUGGUUUCCUGGAAUUGAUGGGCUUAUGAAAAAGCUAAUUGACAAUUGUCUCGCCUGUCAGGCAACAGUCGUUCAACAGCCAUUUGAACCCCUACGCAUGACCGAGUUACCACAGGCCCCUUGGCAACAACUCUCUGUCGAUUUCUGUGGCCCUCUUCCCUCAGGCGAUAUGCUCUUCGUGGUAAUCGACGAAUACUCGCGCUAUCCCGAGGUUGAAAUUGUUCGCUCCACCUCUGCAAAUACCGUCAUCCCGAAACUCGACCGCAUUCUAUCCACGCAUGGCAUUCCCAGAGAAAUCAAGUCUGACAACGGACCUCCAUUUCAAAGUCACUCUUUCGCCCAGUUCGCGCAAUAUAUGGGGUUUCACCACCGAAAGAUCACUCCAGAGUGGCCCAAAGCCAAUUCUGAGUCUGAACGUUUCAUGCGAACAAUUCAGAAAACCCUCCGCGCUGCCCACCUCGAAAACAAGAAUUGGAAGCAAGAACUGUUUCUUUUCCUCCGAAACUACCGUGCAACGCCACAUUCCACCACAGGAAUUUCCCCUGCGGAGCUCCUCUUUGGACGAAAAUUAGCCGUCAAGUUACCGGAAGUAGUCCCCACGUCACCAUCACGAUCCCAAUUCGCCGAUAUCGAUCUCAAAAAGAAGGAAAAGAUGAAAGUGUAUGCUGAUACCGCAGCCAAAGCAAAACCACACAGCUUUCAAGUUGGUGACACUGUUCUCGUUCGUCAAAAACGCGUCAAUAAACUUUCCUCACCGUACAACAAACAUCCAUACACUAUCGUCAAGAUCAAAGGUAGUAUGAUAACGGCAAGAAACGCAACGAGCUAUAUAACAAGAAACAGGUCGCAGUUCAAGAAAAUCACCAUCACCACACAUCAACAAGAUCAUGUACCAGACCCUUUUGACGAUGAAGAGACCAACAUUCCAACACCGGACCAUCCUGCGGAAAUUAGGCGUUAUCCAACAAGAGAAAAUAGGCGACCCCAGAACGCCUAAACAUUGAAUAUCAGCAUUAACAAUAUUCAAACUAACUAUGUUUUAUUACUAAAUAUAAUUAUAUACUUCAGUUUAGAUCAUUGGUUUUAAUUAGUUCAAACUACUACAUAUGAACAAUGCCCGACGAACUUCCAUUCAAAACAAGGGAGGGAUGUAAUGAUGUGACGUCAUAUGCAUGCAUGACGUAAUUUGUAUAUAGCUUUAUAUUACAUGGUAAUAAGAGUCAGUAUCAAUAUAAUCACCAAGCAAACAAGUCUCGCUUUGAACUACAAUCUAUAUUAUAAGAAUAUUACAGAACCUACGGCGCUCGGCUCGUGCCUUCUGCCCUCGUGUAUCAAGCGUAACAUUAUAGGGGCACAUAUUGGUUGACAACCCACUGGCCCCCCCAGAAAAAUAGUACCCAGCACGCCACUGUUAGUAAUACGGAGGAUAGCUUGCGUGGCAGACGCUCAAUAUUGCGUGAUUAGUGUAUUAGACUGCGAGGAAGUCCCUCCUUGAAAGGAAAGGAGGGACUGCAGACAACAACACAUCAAGAAAGGUAAGAUGGAAAAGACGGAGUCCUGGAGUCUUAAAAUAUGGAAAACACGGAGUCUGACGUCAGAAAAAAAUAUGGAAAACACGGAGUCUGACGUCAGAAAAAAAUAUGGAAAACACGGAGUCUGACGUCAGAGAAAAAUAUGGAAAACACGGAGUCUGACGUCAGAAAAAAAUAUGGAAAACACGGAGUCUGACGUCAGAAAAAAAUAUGGAAAACACGGAGUCUGACGUCAGAGAAAAAUAUGGAAAACACGGAGUCUGACGUCAGAGAAAAAUAUGGAAAACACGGAGUCUGACGUCAGAAAAAAAUAUGGAAAAUACGGAGUCUGACGUCAGAGAAAAAUAUGGAAAACACGGAGUCUGACGUCAGAGAAAAAUAUGGAAAACACGGAGUCUGACGUCAGAGAAAAAUAUGGAAAACACGGAGUCUGACGUCAGAGAAAAAUAUGGAAAACACGGAGUCUGACGUCAGAAAAAAAUAUGGAAAAUACGGAGUCUGACGUCAGAGAAAAAUAUGGAAAACACGGAGUCUGACGUCAGAGAAAAAUAUGGAAAACACGGAGUCUGACGUCAGAGAAAAAUAUGGAAGACACGGAGUCUGACGUCAGAGAAAAAUAUGGAAAACACGGAGUCUGACGUCAGAAAAAAAUAUGGAAAAUACGGAGUCUGACGUCAGAGAAAAAUAUGGAAAACACGGAGUCUGACGUCAGAGAAAAAUAUGGAAAAUACGGAGUCCGCGUUUUCCUAGUCCAGUCCGUCUUUUACAACAUGCCUUUUGGUAUAUCGUGACUGUAUCAGAUUUGUUAGAACAACCUUGAAACAAGUCUGAUAAUUCCAUCAAGCUUGUUACAAGUUGUUAACAGCUUGUUCCAACAACUGGGAAAAGUAGUGCCAACACAACGUGUCGACAGGCUGACAGCUAACAGCUUG